AUGGAGCUCGCUGAACAUGUGGUAAGCGAGCCGCCAGCUGUGGGGGACACGUUGAGUGCCUACCUGCCGCGUAUUGACCAAUUCUACUUGCCUGAGUGGCUCACGAUGCAAUUCGUCGCGAAUAACAUGAUCAGCUUUACGCCGCUGUUCUCUUACGGAUCCACGGUCAUCAGCAUAGAACAGAGUCAAACCGCUUUAGGGUUUUCUAUAGACAUCUGCGCGACGAUGCUCAUUGCAUCCAUUUUGAGAAUAUCUUACUACCUGAUCACACCGUACGAGAUUGCAUUGCUGCGGCAGAGUGUGGUCAUGGUGUUAAUCCAAGUAGUUUUGCUGAAGACAAGUUUGAAAUACAGGCCCAUGGAGUACAAGUACGACUAUUUGAAGGAUGUCGAGUCUUUGCAAAAGCUGCUCUUCGAGGUGUGGGAGGAGCAUUACGGAACGGUCCAGUGGAAAUCACUGAAGUCCGAGGAUUGGGCGCUACUGAUCAACAUAAAGAGGUUUGCAGCGUGUCUGUACAAGUUCCUGCUGGUGUUUUUUUACAAGUUUUUGAAGUUCUUCGAUCCGAGCUACAAGAGAGUCAUGUCCUUCUGGCAGUGGAACGAGGACUUCAUGUACUGGAAGUUCCUAAGUGGGUUCGCCACUGUGCAGAUACUCUUAACAUUUUCGAUCUCGAAGAUUUUGAACUGGGAUGAAUUGGCGCAGUGGCUCGGGUCCAUCAUCGGGUCCCUCGGACUUUUCGUGGAGGCCCUGCUCCCGUUGCCCCAGAUUGCCAUCCUUUACACUUUGAAGUCCGUGCAGGGAUUUAAACAGAUCUUGCUGGUGAGCUGGCUGUGCGGGGACACUGUCAAGAUCGCGUACUUGGUCUUUGGAGCAAAGAAUAUUUCCGUGCUCUUCUUCUUCUUCGCAUUCUUCCAAAUGGCGCUCGACUUUUACAUUGCUGGACAGUACAUAUAUUACAAGUACUACUACCCAAAACAUUUCCGUAACGGCAGCCCAGAACUCACGGAAGAUAUAGAGAUGCAACCUAUCCAUACCACACAUUCCCUACAAGGAAACGACACGUCAUUACAAAACGAGAACAAGGAAACGACGCCAAAUCAACAGGCAAAUGAUACCUCCACCUCCAGGAGGGCGUCGACACUCUAG